AUGGGAUCGCAAUCUUCAAAAUCUAGACUUGACUCAUUUCACAUUGAACUUUCAGAAGAGUUUCUUUCAAAACUGAACAACUCCGAUGACACAGAUUUCUCGAGGAGGGAGAAACUACACAAAUAUAUAGAAGAAAGGAUAAGUGACAGAUUAGCUGAGAUAGAAAAAUUAACUUUGUCUGACUUUAAUGAAAAACUCGAAAAUGACUUACUGAAAACUGAUGCAGAUAGUGACACUACCCUAAGUUCCAAGAUUUUAGAUGAAAAGAUUAAUAAUCUCAAUACAAAAAUACAGUUGUUCGAGAGCCUCGACAAGGACAGAAAGAUAAAAUUUAUCGAAAGUGAUAAGGACGACAUUAAAAAUAAAUUAACUCAAUGUUUGCUGGAAAACAAGGGUAAACCUUUGAAUUGUUAUGAGCUUAUGCAACAGUUCAAGCAGUUGGUAUCGAAUCAAUGA